UGCCAUUACUUCCCCGCCAACUUGUCCUCCCCCGCCAAGCUGUUCACAUCGCCAGCAGUUGCAUUACUUGACGCGUCCAGCAACUAGAUACCCCUCGACUAGAUAUCCCUCGACUAGCAACCUCUCGCUGUGCCUGCCACGCCUGCCGCGCGAUCUGCCCGCAUUUUCCGAUGACUUUAUGACAGCUUCCUUACCUCCUUCACCUAUCCUCGAGCUGGGUCGCCUAGUCCUUCCAAAUGGAGAGGAAGAGGAAGCUCCCAGCACGCGCUGCUGCUCGCGUCGAUCAGCUUUCUAAGAGGAGGACUCUGACACCCCCAGAGCGUCGCUCUAUUACUCCGGCAUCAGCCCAAGAACCUGAGGCUACACCAGUCCCAGAACCCAAGCCGCCCUUGCCCAGGUCAAUACAGGCCGGGAAACCUCUGCCUACUGUCGAGGAUGCGCAGCCGAACGAUUUGCCGGACAAGGAAUAUCAAUCCAUUAUAGAGAGCGGUGUCCUAUCCGAGUCCCUCUCGCGGUCGCGAAGCAGAUGGAUCAGCGAAGGCAUCUUCGAGAAAUUCUGGUCCAAACCGUCAAAACGCAAGGGUGUCGUCGAGGACCCCAAUAAUCCCGCCAAAGAGAGCAUGACCAAGGUUGGCCAGGUCGUUAUAACCGUCGAGCCUCACGUCUUCGAAGCUACCAUGUAUGUCGUCAAAGACCCAAAGCCUCCUCAACCGCCUCCGCCUCCGCCCCCGGGCCCUACCGUCCGGCCCAUUAUCCAAUACGGCCCCCCGAAUGGAAUCAUGCCUCCACCUCCCACGCCCUCGAUAGCAGCAUCGUCUCCUCCUCAGACACCCCUUCAGCCUCCGGUACAAACACCAAAGUUAGCCGCGGCUGAACUAGCAACACAAUCUCAGCCACAGCCAGCAGCGACUACACGAGACGCGUCGAGGCCGCCUCCAUCGACAAUCCCCGCCGCUCCAAACCCAACGGCCUCGCCUCGAGGCACGGAGUCGGUGCUGCCACCGGGCUCAGCCGCGCCGAGCUCAGCUACACCCCAGGCCCUCCAUCGGCCCAUCGCUGCCGCGACACCCAUCCCGGGUCAGCCCACCCAGCCAUCACCGUCGCCCAUCCCGUCAGCCGCUACUCCGACACCGUCGACGACCGUGGGAGCCCCCGGAAGACCGCCAGGAACUCCACUAGGGGGGACCCCGGCAACACGGCCUGGCGUUAAUGGAGCCCAGGUCACAGGAACUGCGGGCAAGCCUGCCCCAGGCACUGAUCCCAUAAUCCUCACGCUGGCAGAGAAGGCGGGCGAGGACCCACAGUUACGCGACCUGAUGAAGAGAGUGGCACAGGGCGAUGCGGCCAAGCAUGAACUCGAGAGGUUCCAGGCAAUCAUCGACGAGAUCACAGCGGAGAGCAAGAGGAAGGGGACUCCACAAGGUCCCUCGGCAGACAGGCUGCUGGUCGAUGGGAAGACAGUGCGGUAUUUCGCCGAUGAGGUCAGGACAAUACUAGACAUCGUGUUGGCCUCGAACCCCAAGCAGACCUCGACAGAUCUGCGGCCGCCACCGGGGAGCGAUCCCUUGGUUGUCCUUCUUGUCAAGACAGCGCUCGACGAGCCCAGGACGAGGGACACGGUGCGUAGAAUAGCAGAGAACCGACCUCAAUUCUCCGACGCUACGGAUCUUAAGGCCGUCCUUGACCGGUUGAAACAUAAGGUGGCGAGGGAACUCGAGCGCAACAAGACUCAGUCACCCGCCCCCUCGAGCGCCCCUUCGGCGACACCAAAGCUCAAUAAUAGCACGGUGGACGGCCUCGGCACAGCAACUCCCACCCCGACAUCACAAGCGGUUCAACAGCCCCCGCAACAGGCACUUCGCUCAAAGGGACCUCCCCCGCCUCCCCCGAAGCCUGACAUAUCCGCCGUGGUAUUCGAGUUCUCGGGGGGCACAGGCGAUCGGUACCUGUUCCCCAAGUUCAGCAUCUUGGAAUACGUCGCUGUCCCGGCGGGCCAGCAAGUGAUUGCGUCCUUCCUGAUUGUCCGCAAGGGAAGCGCAUCCGAAUACCCCGUCGCGGACCCGGCGCUGGACUACUACCAGCCCGUCACGAUCCGGCUCUUCACGCCCACGGGACGGCACCUGGAGCACCUCGCGAGGGUGGUGGGCCCGCAGGAGGAGGUCCGCCGAUACAUGGACGACAUCAUGGACAGGAUGACGAGGGCAGAGUACGUCCUGCUCGCCAUGAGGCUGCCCCGCGCGGAACCCGCCACCAAGGAGGACGGCGCCGCGACCCCCGCCGCCGCCGGACUGUCGUUGGACGAUAAGGGGCCUGGCGCGCGGACCGGUCGGGCGCCGUCGAGGCCGAGCGAGGUCGAGGUAGAGGUCGUCGGCGCGCCGCCGCCGCAGCCGAGCGUGUUGUGGGCGAUGAAGCCGCUCAGACCGGAUAACAAGGAGUUGAUGCCGAGGACGAAGCUUGGCGGCAAGGUCCUGGAUGAGGAUGAGCAGUACCAGAAGUUCAUCGCCGACGUCAGCAGGAAAGAGCCGGAGGAGGCAUGAGAAAAAUAUCGAAAUAGUGCGGUCCCCUCGAUAGGGGAGGGAGGCUGGGACUUGAAAGUUGGCUUGGGAUCGAUUUGUUAGGAGUUCAUUGGGGCAGGAAAGUUCAGGCGCUGAUGUGUUCGCAAUGAAUUGAGGUACGGAAGUAUAGCUCGGGGAAUAACGGUAUCGCUUCGUGCUACCAUGGAUGUUCAGUCUGGGUCUAGUCUGGGUGUUUUCAACAGCGGUAGGGA